UCUGGGAUCUUUUCCUGCUCCAUGGUUUGCUGGCAGUAUUUCGUGCUGCUCUAACAAUCCUCCAGUUGCUGGAGUCUCGGCUCAUGAGCAUGACUGAGGAGGCGGCCGUGCUGCCCAUCCUGCUGCGAGUACCUGUUGAUAUCUCAGAGUACCGUGUGCUUAUUCCAGCUGUGUGGAGUACAGAGGUGCAAGAGUGGGAGAUCAACUGCAUGAACAGCCUCAUACUGGAAGAGACUGCUGAAGAACAUCAUACAGAAAGAACGAGUCAAGAAGGUGUUUCUCUGAGCAUUGAGGAGAAGAAAGACCUGAGACCUCCAGUGGAAAAGCCAGAAGAGGACAAAGCAUCUAAAAAAGAGGCUGCAGGUUCAGGUGGUAAAAAUGUGUUUGCACGGAUACUAAAAGCAGCCCAGCAAUACCUGGCAGAUUCCACCAAGCAGAGCGCUAUAAGCAAGGCCAAGUCCCCAUCCAUUAAAAACAGCCCUGCUGCCGCUCGUUUGCCGAAAAAGAGAACCUCCGCCCCUUUCACCCUGGCACAGAAACGGAGGAGCCAAAGAAGGCAGUCCCAGAAUGCAUCUGUGGGUGGGUCCAGAAAAGGACCGGUUACCCCUCAGAAUCCUGACAGAGGUGCCACCGAGGACAGUUCCCAAAUGCACUUUCGGAGGCUUCAAUCGGGCCCCGUGGGCAGAGUGGCGCGCAGACGCAGUGGUUCCCAGUCUACCAGAGUGAAAUCCCCCCUUCUGCAAACCCAAAGCAGCGUCUCCUCAAAACUAAGCCAAAACAAGGACACUGAGGAGUCUCGGGAAUCCCCUCACAGGAUCUCCUCUCCAAAAUGUGCCCCACUGUCUGAGAGCAACACCAACAUCGACUACAGUCCAGUAACUCAGGGACGAGAGUCUCAACUCAUCUGAGAGACGCAUCAAUCGUAUUGAUCUCUGUUUUGAAGACGUUAAAAUGCUACUUUUUAUACUUCAUUCUGGUAUUACAUAUUUCAUAAAUGUUACAUGUAUUAUUAACUCACACCCUACAUAACCCUACCCAACUCCACAUACACAAGAUGGUCAAAGUAUGUGGACCUAAUUAUUGAGUUUCAGCCACACCCACUGCUAACAGGUACAUGCAAUCAACUAUAUGUAUUAAUCUUGUGGCAAAAGUUUAGUAAAGCCUCUUUCCUAUUUCAGCAUGACGGAGCCCUUUGCACACAAACUGAAGUCCAUGAUUUGAUAGGUUUGGUGUAAAGGAACUCUAGUAGCCUAUUCAGAGCUCUGACCUUAACCUCAUUACACAUUUGGGCUGAAUUGGAACACAGAUUUUAUCCAACAUUUGUACCUGACCGCACAGUUUUUAUUUUAUUUUAUUUUUUUAAUAAAGCCAUUUUUAGACACACUCCAGCAUCUUGUGGAAAGCUUUCCCAAAAAAUUAAAGCUGUUUUAGAAAAGUCAUAUAGGAAUAAGAAUUUAAUGUUUAACAAUGUUGUGGUCAGGUAUCCACAAGUUUAUGGUUGUAUAUUGUAGCUAUAGGGAUGUUUAAACUAUGUACUUUGCCUCCUAACAAAGGAUUAACAAUUUGUAUUAUUGUAUUUUUAUGUCCCUUGCUUGUAAUAUGUAUAGAAACAUCUGGUUGUUU